AUGCUUCGCUUGAAGACACUUCCGUUUCUGUUCUUACUCCACACACAGCUUGCCAAGGCCCUUCCAGUACCACCUGAAGUCCUGGAAGAGAAAAAUGCAAAAAUUGUUGAGAAUUACCUACAAAAAUUCUACCACUUACCAAGCAACCAAUAUCGGUCUGCAUGGAGUAACAGUGCAAUGGUUGCGGAGAAGCUUAAGGAAAUGCAGCGCUUCUUUGGCUUGACCGAGACAGGGGAGGCAGAUGCAGCUACUCUGGAGAUGAUGGGCAAGCCUCGCUGUGGAGUGCCUGACUCUGGGGAUUUCAUGCUAACCCCAGGAAGCCCAAAGUGGGCACACACUAACCUGACCUACAGGAUUAAAAACCAAACCCCACAGUUGUCAGAGGCUGCAGUGAAAACAGCAAUCGAGAGAGCCUUUCAGUUGUGGAGUGUGGCAUCUCCCCUCACCUUCACCGAGAUCUCAAGGGGAGAAGCAGACAUCAACAUUGCUUUUGUCGCAAGAGAGCAUGGUGACAAUUCUCCAUUUGAUGGACCCAAUGGGAUCCUAGCCCACGCCUUUCAGCCAGGUCAGGAUAUUGGAGGAGAUGCUCAUUUUGACUCAGAAGAAACAUGGACUCAGGACUCCAGAAAUUACAACCUGUUUCUCGUGGCUGCUCAUGAAUUUGGCCAUUCCCUAGGACUCUCUCACUCCACUGAUCCUGGUGCCUUGAUGUACCCAAACUAUGCCUACAGUGAACCCAGCACCUACUCUCUGCCUCAGGAUGAUAUCAAUGGCAUUCAGACUCUCUACGGACUUUCCAACAGCCCUAUCCAACCUACUGGGCCCAGCACCCCCACUGCCUGCGACCCCCGCCUGAGAUUUGAUGCUGUCACCACCCUCCGUGGGGAGAUUUACUUCUUCAAAGACAAGUACUUCUGGAGGCGGCAUCCUCGGUUGCGAGAAGUCGACCUCAAUUUCAUCUCUCUGUUCUGGCCAUUCCUGCCCAGUGGCAUUCAGGCUGCUUAUGAGGACUUUGACAGAGACCUGGUUUUCCUAUUUAAAGGCAGACAGUACUGGGCCAUAAAUGGCUAUGACAUCCAGCGAGGUUACCCCAGGGAUAUAUCCAACUAUGGAUUUCCAAGCAGUGUCCGAGCCAUUGAUGCAGCUGUUUCCUAUGAAGGGAAGACAUACUUCUUCAUAAACAACCAAUGCUGGAGGUAUGACAACAGAAGAGGUGCCAUGGACCCAGGUUAUCCCAGAAGCAUAGCAAGUGUUUUCCCAGGAAUAAACUGUAGAGUUGAUGCAGUUUUCCUGCAGAAUUCCUUCUUCCUCUUCUUCAGUGGACCAAAAUAUUUUGCAUUUAAUCUUGUCACUCACAGAGUCAUUAGACAUGCAAGAAGCAAUUUAUGGCUUAACUGUUCCCAGCGUUGA